CUUCUCCACCUGCACUUCACGAACAUCAGAGAAACUAUGACAGUACACUGUAGUAUACAGUUGAAUUUUAUGGUAACUUAAACUUAAAAAUCCCUACGCAAAUGUAAGUGACUAAAAGCUAGAUUUGAAAUGAGUGCCAUGGUUUGAACAUCACUGGCGAACACUACAACUAAAGUGCAGGACAUAUACUACUGCUCAAAAGUUUUAGAACACCCCAAUUUUUCAAAUUUUUUUAUUGGAAGUUAUACAUAUUAAUGUCUCAUUGUACCUAUAUUUUUAAGUGUUAUGAUGGUCUGUCUCUCUUCCAUCGUUAAUUGCCUUGUCCUAAAUUUUGACAGCAACAGCAGAACAGCUUGUUCCCUGAAAAAGGCCUUUUAGUAUAAUUCUGAAAUGUACAUUAUUUUUCAGCUUUGGGUAACCUUACCUUUUUUUAACCUCUGGCAGUUCACCGCGUACCUUUCUACUAACUUGAGCUAUUCGUUGCAAUUGAACUGAAAUUCAGUAAAAAAAAAAAAAAAACUGGAAAAACUGGGAAGUUCUAAAAUUUUUGACUGGUGGUGUAAGUACAGCUGUGAGGUAUUUAACUUGAGUACAUACAACCCGUGCUACUUUACAUUCUAUUCAGCAACAACAUAUUGAUUUUACAUAUGAUAAAGUUAUGAAAUUGAUUGCAUUGUUGGAAAAUGGUUUCCAGUCUUGUUGGCUUCUAUAAUUAAAAGCAGUGAGAUGGAAAAUAAGUAGUCAGCUGAGAUAUUUCCCCCUUAAUUGUCUUAGAUGGAUUCAUUUCAUCAUUUCAAUAAUCAUUUGAUGCACAGAAAGGCUUAAUCAUCUAUUUAAAAAAACAAAAAAAACACAAAGAUCAAAGACAACACUUUGUUCUUCUGCCAAAAUUAACAGCUGAUGACAGCCCAGAUUUAUGUUGUUUUAAAUGAUAGAUAGAUGGAUAGAUGGAUGGAUGGAUGGAUGGACGGAUGGAUGGAUGAAUGGAUAGAUGGAUAAACAGUAUAUAAAAUGGUACUUGCACUGAUGCAUUUGUAUUAAAAAUCUGAUCGCGCAUCAUAUAAAAUAAUAAUGCAACUGUUAAAGGGGUCAUGACUGUGGAAUACAUUUAUUUUUGAGAUACCUCAGUGUAGUUAGUGAUAACAAUAAUAAUUCAGAUUUUACUGGAGCUGAUUUUUGAAAACAGGCAAUUCACUUAAUGUGAUGUAACAUUUUUUUGUACUAUUACUUUUACUUAAGUAAAAGAUCUGAGUAUUCCUCCACUGUGUCGUUUUUGCAAGCAGUAACUGUGUAUUUCUGCAGAAAAUACUGGAAAAAAAUGCUGAGCCCAGUGAAGGAAGCACUUGAUUUUGCAAUGUGGUGUUUCCCACCUCGUCUGCUACUCUGGCUACCAGCACAUCCCAUCUGUAUUAUGACCUAGUGCUAACUGAAGCAUUCUUCCUCCCAUAAAAACACUGUCACUCUGAGACAAAACUGUGUAGUACCUACAAUAUUUGGUUGAAUAGCUCUUUGACGAGUUAUGCAAAUGCCAAAUUUCUCGAGCGCUCGGUCUCAGGGUAUAAUAAUGGUCAUUGUACUCUGAAAACAAUUAAUAUAGUGUUUUGUGGAGAAUUUAGAUUUUCCCCCAGAUGAUUCAUUCUGUGCUAGCAAAUGUGACCUCUGACUUGCUGCAGCAGAUAUUGUUGGUUAACUCCUCCAUCGGUGCAACAGAGAAUCUAGAGUGUCUGGCUGGGACAAGAAGCAUGAACACCGCUUUCACUAAUUCAGUAUCGGCUUCUUAAAGGUAGUUGUCUUGUGUGAUUAUCCACUCCAAUUGUUUCAUCUCAUAUCUAAAAAGUAGAAAACAGUUUUCCUUGUGCUGUAUGGGCUGCUCAGACAUUGAGCAAAACAAUGUUGUUGUUUUUUUGCCCUGCGUCACAGGAAAACCAUCACACUAUAACUGUUCAUCACAUCUUUUUACAUUCUUUUGUGAAAUAAAGACAUGCUCCUCUGUGUACUCGGGGAAUUUUAUGCCUUCAGGCAUGAACUCAUUUCAGUCAUUGACUCUAUUCUUGAAAAUGCCUGGAACUUCGAUAAGACUUCUUUUUGAAAGUCUUAAAAAAUAAACUUUAUGGUGUUGGCGAUGUUUUCAUUGCAACAUUCAGGUUGGAUAAGUGCUUCCAGUAUGCUGUGCUGCCUGUCCCAGGUGAGUGUCCUUGAUAGCCUAUCUAUCCUGUAAAUAAUCUCUGCUGACAGAGUCUAAAGGAAAAUUUAAAAAAAAAAAAAGGUAAAAGAAUAUUUGUCAUCUUUGGUGCUAUUAGUGAUGUGAGGAAUACUAUUAUUUCAGAAGAAAUCAAUAUGUAAUAAAGAAAUCUAUUUUGUGUUGUAUAGGUGAUGAAGACAAAAACUUUGCAGACCUGAGGAUGUUGUCGGUUGCCAACAUACUGUACAUGCAGUGCAGCACACAACCAGACAACACCUAGACUGAGUGUCACAGGUCCGUCCUUCAGUGUUAACUCAGCAAGAGAAUGUAAAGGUUUCCCAAAGACAAAGAUAUGAGGAAGAAGUGGGAGAUGGCUUUGAGAAGGGAAGGAUUCACUGCAAGUGAUUCCUGCUUAGCUGUGGACAUUUUAAGCAGGGCAAUUUUGACUGGACAGGUCAGAUUGUCCGACUCAGAGAUGUUCUUAUUCCAUCCAUCUUCAGCUUCCCAGUUCACCUCCAAAGAGGCAGGAGUACAUCUACCUCCAGAAGAGCUGAUGAGAGCCUGUCCGUGGCCUCUCAGGAUGAUCCAGAAACUGGAACCUCAGACCCACAACCUCAACCUAAUGAUUUUCACAGUGCUCUUGCAAGUAAACAACCUGAACGUACCUGCUGACUCCGGGGUGUUUAUUUAAAGGACCUGUUUAUCUACCUGUCAAGCUAGACACCUCUACAUUCUAUUGAGGACAGAAUAGUGAAAAGACAUCGCCUAACGGGCUAACCUGCAGAAAGUGGAGCUUCGUGGAAACUCAAAGUUGCUUCUGUCAUCAAAGCUGCAGUAAAGACUAUGGAUGAUAUUGAAACACAAUCAGUAUGUUCCAGUGCCUCACGAGCCAGUCAGCAGUCCUCAGCCAGCACCAUUGCAGUCAGAGCAUGUGCAAAAGCAGAGGCUGCAAGUGCACAAGCGUCAUUUGCACAAAGAGAAGCAGAUAUGAUUAAAGCACAAGCAUACAUUGAAGAAGAGCAACAAAAGGCUGCAGCCAAGGCUGCUAGAAAGAAAGCGGAGCUACAAGCCACUCUACACGUGCUGAAACUAGACAGCGCGGCCGCAGCUGCCAUCGCUGAAGCUAAUGUUCUGGAAGCAGCUGCUGAGAACGAAUAUGGAGAGAUAGAUUGUGCUAGCCUAAAAAGUGAAUGUGCUGAGCGUAGGUACACAGAGAAACCAAAACCUGAGACUCACCACGACUCAACGCUACCAGGACCCACAUCAACACCAAUGCGCCAGCUAACAAUGGACAACGGUCAGACAGUUGACAACGAUAUGGGGGAAGGUAAAAAGGAGUCAAGCGAGAUCAGCAGCUACGAAUUCUGUGACUUACCUGUUCACCAAACAUUCCAGCAGAAGGACAAUGCUACUCCAUACUACCUCAUGCUCAGAGCUCAUCCAGGAUUGGCCAUCUGAAACGACAACAUCUGCACAGCUUAAAUCCAUCCAAAGACACUUGUGGCUACCUAAUGCAACCACACAAUAUGGGACCAUCCAGCGGUUGCUACCAGAACCCACAGCUACAUAUGGGUGCCGCUGCUAGAACCACUGGGUCCAGUUCAUCAUCAACAAAUGACUUGGCCAAGUAUUUAAUACGCUGCGAGAUGGUAAGCUCUGGACUGUUAAGGUCUGAUGAUCAUCCAGAAAAUUAUUGGGCCUGGAAGGCAUCUUUCCAGAGUUCUACGGAGGACUUAAACCUGACAUCAAGGGAAGAGCUUGAUCUGCUGUGUAAAUGGCUCGGACCAAAAUCAUCCGAGCAUGCGAAGAGAAUCCGGGCAGUCCACAUCCACGACGCAGCGGCAGGGGUGAGCAUGGUAUGGCAAAGGCUAGAAGAAUGCUACAGUUCACCGGAAGCAAUAGAAAACACACUUUUUAAGAAAGUUGAUGAUUUCCCAAAAAUCUCAAACCGAGAAAAUCGAAAGCUGAGAGAGCUGGGAGACAUUCUCUUAGAACUUGAAGCUGCCAGAACAGAUGGAUUCUUGCCUGGACACAUCCCGUGGCAUCACUCCAAUAGUCCAAAAGCUGCCAUACUCCCUACAUGACAAGUGGGUCUCUCUAGCAUCCCGGUACAAGGAAAGUCACCGGAUGUCUUACCCACAUUUCUCCAUCAUUGUAAAGUUUGUUUGUGAUCAAGCCAAAACACUCAACGACCGAAGCUUUGCUGCACUCACAGGUGGUUCGAGCAUAGGAAAGGCAGAGCAUUCCUUUAAACACAACAUGAGAACACGCAUCUCCAUCAGAAAGACAGAGGUCUCAGUAUAUUCUGACAGCAGCUGUGACAACCCCCCAGAAAAAAGAAUGGCUGACCCAGACAAACAAUGUCCGCUCCAUAACAAACCACACCCCCUUAGAAAGUUUCGUGGUUUCAGGAGCAAAUCCUUGGAUGAGAGAAAAGUCUAUCUUAGAGAGAAGAAGAUUUGCUAUAGGUGCUGUGCAUCAUCCAGACUGUGAAACAAGUGUUCAGUGCAGAGAAUGCAAUAGUGACAGCCACCCUACUGCACUACAUCCAGGGCCAGCUCCAUGGAUAACUGAGACCUCUGUAACGCCGAGAGACCAAGGCGGGGAGCAGGGAGAAGGAACCCCUCAAGCAGGGCCGGCCGCUGGCAUAAAUACUCUAUGCCGUUGUUUAUAGCCACAUCCACUAGAGGGGGCCACACCACAAUAAGUGUGUGAUUCGCAUUUUGUCCCUGUCUUUAUUCCAAUAAAACAUAAAUCCGUUAAUGCUGUUAAUCAUAUGCAUGUGUGUUUUAACCCAAUUGCAAACUGUGCACAUGAUUUGGUAGUUGCCCUGUGCAUGUUUUGGGGCCACAAAAAAAAUCUUGCUUCGGGCCACCAAAGUCCUAGGGCCAGCCCUGCCCUCAAGCUGUCACAUCAAAAUGCACCGCUAUCUGUGGAACUACAGCCGGGUCAAGAUCGUGCUCCAAAAUCUGCCUUGUCAGAGUUUAUCCAGCGGGACAGAGGUCUAUGUUGUUCUGGAUGAGCAGAGCAAUAAGUCUCUGGCAAGAAUUGAACUUUUUGAACUGUUUGGUAUGGCAGAAGGCACGACAGCAUACACCCUUAAAACCUGUUCAGGGGUCACUGAAACCACAGGCAGACGAGCUAACAACUUCAUUGUAGAGUCAUUAGAUGGCAAAACUCAAAUUCCACUCCCCACUCUCAUCGAAUGUGACAUGCUCCCAGAUGACAUGUCUGAAAUUCCCACACCGGAGAUUGCCAAACAUUAUGCACACCUCAAGCGGGUUGUGGACAAGAUCCCAGCUCAAGACCCCCAAGCAGCCAUCUUAAUCCUGCUCGGUCAAGACAUACCACGGGUUCACAAGGUGCGUGGACAAUGUAGUGGACCCCAUGACUCACGUUAUGCCCAGUGUCUCGAUUUGGGCUGGGUCACUGUGGGGGAAAUCUGUCUCGGAAGAGCCCACAAACCAGAUUGUGUCAAUAUCUACCGAACUAAUGUGCCGAGUAAUGGCCGUACGUCUCUGUUUGAUCCUUGCACCAGUAGCCUCCACAUCACAGAGAAGUUUGGUACUUCAGUGCUUCACCAUCACUUUCCAAGGGUUAGUGAAAUGAAUGACCUGUUUGAAGAAAAGGACAGUCUGGGUGAAGGAGUCUUCCAGCGAAUGCCGCAUGACGACAAGCCAACCAUGUCUUUGGAAGACAAAGCCUUUCUGGAAAUAAUGGACCGGGAGGUCUCCAUGGAUGACACAAACAGUUGGGUGGCACCACUACCCUUCAGAGAUCCAAGGCACAGACUCCCUAACAACAAAGCACAAGCAGUUAAGCAUUUUUCAACAUUACGUCACAUGCUCGAAAAAAGGCGAGACAUGAAGGAGCACAUGCAGAGGAUCUUUGAGACAGGUCAUGCUGAAACGGCCCCGCCACUCAGUGAGGAACAAGAGUGUUGGUAUUUACCGAUAUUUGGAGUUUACCAUCCGCUUAAACCAGGCCAGGUGCAAGCUGUGUUUGACUCCAGCGCCAAGCUCGAUGGCGUCUCCCUGAACGACAUCCUGUUGAGUGGUCCUGACCUGAAUAAUACACUCUUGGGGGUUCUCACUCGCUUCCGUAAGGAACCUGUGGCGGUAGCAGCAGAUAAAGAACAAAUGUUCUACUGCUUCAAAGUCUGUCAGGAACACUGCGAUUUCUUACGUUUCCUCUGGUUUGAGGACAACGACCCAGCCAAAAGGACCACAGAAUACCACAUGACUGUACACGCAUUUGGCAAUAGCCCUUCUCCUGCUGUCGCCAUAUACAGCUUGAGAAGGACGGCUCUACAAGGUCAGGAAGAAUAUGGCACAGAAGCAAAACAGUUCGUUCUCAGGAACUUUUAUGUCGAUGAUGGACUUACCUCUUUUCCCACGGAUGACAAUGCUAUCCCAGUCCUGAAAAAGACCAAACAAAUGUUAGCUGACUCAAAUAUCCGACUGCACAAGAUUGCCUCUAACAUAACACAGUGAUGACAGCGUUUCCCUCUGAGGAACAUGGAAAGGGGCUGAAAGACUUGGAGUUAGGAGUGAAUCCUUUACCCCUGCAGAGAAGCUUAGGUCUCAACUGACACCUCCAAACAGACAGCUUUAACUUCUGUGUCUCACGAGAGGAGAAGCCAUUUACCCGUAGAGGUAUUCUCUCCACAGUCAACAGCAUAUUCGAUCCGCUGGGGUUUGUGGCUCCAAUAACCAUACAAGGCAAGGCUGUAGUCAGAGAACUAUGUACUGAGCAUUGUGAAUGGGAUGCCCCAUUGCCCGCUGAAAAAGAGACUCGGUGGAAGUCUUGGAAAGACUCACUUACAGCACUUGAGCAACUUCACAUACCAAGGCCAUAUCUACCUGUUUCCUUGCUCUCCACACAGCACAGGGAACUAUGUGUCUUCUCUGACAUGUCCACCAUGGCUAUCUCAGCGGUGGCCUAUCUCAGAGCAAUUGACGAUAAAGGGCACAGUCACGUAGGAUUCUGCAUGGGGAAAUCCAAAUUAGCGCCACGUCACAUCCAUACUGUGCCCCAGCUGGAGCUUUGUGCAGCCGUGCUGGCUGUUGAGUUAGCCGACAAGUUAAUAGACGAAUUAGACAUCAAAAUACACACAGUGAAGUUCUACACUGACUCUAGAGUCGUGGUGGGUUAUAUUUACAACACCAACCGAAGAUUCUAUGUGUACGUCGCUAACAGAGUCACACACAUUUGAAAGUCGUCACAGCCAGAACAGUGGCCCUUUGUCAGCACAGAAACCAAUCCCGCAGACCAUAGCACAAGGCCAGUACAAGCUACACUUUUGAGAGAGACAAACUGGUUUUCAGGACCUUCCUUUCUCACAAAGGAUGAUGGAGCUUCACCUACCCACAUAGAGUCCUUUGAACUUGUUGAACCAGACACGGAUGUGGACAUACGUCCACUGGUUACGACCUUUUCUACAAAAGCUUCUGAAACACUGCUUGGUUCACACAGAUUCCAACGCUUUUCCAGCUGGAAGCUACUUACAUAUGGAGUGGCCAAGCUCAUUCAGAAAGUCAGAUCUUAUUCUAAAGCUCCGGAGGAACAUUUACCAAAGGCAUAUGAGCUUGCACAAGCAAGGACAGUAAUUGUCCGGACUGUACAGCAAGAGGCCUCUAAAGAGGAAACCAAGAACCUGUCCAAAGGAGAGAUUGUUUCAAGGUGCAGUCCUUUCAGGAAACUCGAUCCUAUCCUGGAUACAGAUGGUGUGGUGAGAAUUGGUGGCCGCAUGUCAUCUGCUGCAAUCUCUUGGGAAGAGAAACAUCCCAUAAUCAUCCCCAAAAACAAUCACAUUGCUACCUUGUUGGUGCAGUAUUACCAUGAACGAGUUGCACACCAGGGUAGACACAUUACUGAGGGAGAAAUCAGGUCUGCUGGGCUGUGGAUUCUGGGAGGAAAAAGACGGAUAUCAAGCAUCAUAUAUAAUUGUGUCACCUGCAGGAGGUUAAGAGGAAGCAUGAAAAAGCCAAAGAUGUCCAACUUGCCUGCUGAUUGGCUCACCCUAGCUCCUCCAUUCACACAGGUUGGAGUAGAUGUAUUUGGACCGUGGACUGUCUGUGCUCGUCGUACCAGGGGAGGCCUCUCUGAAAGCAAGCGCUGGGCCGUCAUGUUUACCUGUGUGGUCAUAAGAGCAGUCCAUAUGGAGGUGGUGGAGUCUCUGUCUACGUCGAGCUUCAUAAACUCUUUCAGAAGAUUCACUGCCAUCAGGGGUCCAGCAAAGCUCUUUCGUUCAGACCAAGGGACGAACUUUGUUGGUGCAUGCAAAGAACUUGGCAUAACACCAGGAAAUGCAGAGCUUCAGUCAUACCUCAAAGACCAAGGUUGUACUUGGGACUUCGAUCCCCCACACUCUUCCCACAUGGGGGGAGUGUGGGAAAGAAUGAUGGGGGUUGCUAGGUGCAUUUUAGAUGGCAUGUUGCUCAAGGUGCAUUCCCCCAGUCUCUCACAUGAAGUUCUGCGGAAGUCGCUGCCAUAAUGAAUGCACGGCCAAUUGUUCCUGUGUCAUCGGAUCCCGACGUGCCAACUGUGCUCACUCAUGCUAUGCUCCUGACACAAAAGGUUGACUCUGUGUCUGUUCCUUCAGGAAAUCUCGACCUCAAGGAUCUCUACCGAAGUCAGUGGAAACAAGUCCAGAGUCUGGCUGAUUCAUUCUGGAGACGGUGGCAUCAGGAGUACCUGACGACCCUCCAGCCAAGAAGGAAAUGGCAAGCAGAUCGACCUAACCUGCAAGUUGGAGAUGUUGUUCCACUAAAAGACAGUCAGGCCACGCUCAAUGAAUGGCCUACAGGACUGAUUGUAAACACCUUUCCUGGUGAAGACAACAGGGUUCGUAAAGUGGAUGUUAGAGUUGUGAAAGGUGGCACACCCAGGGUGUAUUCAAGACCUGCUUAAGAAGUAGUACUGUUACUCAAAAAGACAUAGUGGUAUAGUUCAUUAUACCAGGCAGGGAGUGUGCUGCCCCUUUAAGAGAGGAAGGCGAUUGUUUACUGUGUUGCUAGUUUUUUGUUCAUGCGGGCUUGCCGUAGUUGGUUUGUCUUUUCCACCAAAAGUCAGAAGCAGUCUUUUUCUGUCCAUCGUUCACUUUUCUUGUGUUCAACCCUACGAAGCAUAUGUCUGUAAGUGACAGUUACAUUUUAGUUUUAACUUACCUGUGCUGGUCGUUUGUGAAGUUAAUAGUUUGUGUGAGAAACUUUAAAACCGGACCAAUGCUAAUACGUUAGCCGGCCUAUGGCGUUUUCUAUAUUAAGUUAGCACAAAGCUAAUUGGCGGUUUCUUGCUUAUCUGUUACUUACCUGAUUUCGGUACGUACUUGUGUUUAUUUGUAUUGUACAUAAUAACUACGGAUUUUAUGUUUGUUGGUGUGAAACAAGCAGUCUGUAAUCUCUUAUUUUGUCAUUUUUGUAUUACAGUUUCACAGUGCUCCUGCAAGUAAACAACCUGAACGUAC